CGGACCGUAUUCGGCGGGGUGGACCCAGCUUUCUAGUCGUGUCUCUAGAGCCGCGCACCUCGGAAGAUAAAUACUUUGUUGCAUUAGUAACAGGAAGCGAGGGAGGGGUACUGGAGUUUGCUUUGGACGGAGUUUUGACUCGUGUCGAGGCCCAAGAUGGACAAGCUUAAGAAGGUGUUGAGUGGCCAGGAUGCCGAGGAUCGGGGUGGACUGGCCGAGGUUAUCGAAACACCAUCGUUAAGCUGGGGUACAAGAAUCAAAGGCUUUGCUGCUUGUUUUGCCAUAGGGAUCCUCUUCUCACUGAUGGGUACUUUUCUGCUGUGGGUGCCUCGGAAAGGACUUGUCCUUUUUGCAGCCUUUUAUACGUUGGGGAACAUUGCAUCGCUUGGGAGUACUAUCUUUCUCAUGGGACCAAUGAAGCAGUUGAAGCGCAUGUUUGAGCCUACUCGACUGAUUGCAACCAUUGUGAUGUUGUUGUGUCUUGUACUCACUCUGUGUUCUGCCUUCUGGUGGCACAACAAAGGACUUGCUCUCAUUUUCUGCAUUUUGCAAUCUUUGGCCUUGACGUGGUAUAGUCUUUCCUAUAUACCAUUUGCAAGGGAUGCUGUGAAGAAGUGUUUUAAUACGUGCCUGGCCUGAUAGGCAAAAAGGCACUUUUUGAAAAGUCUUGGCAAGUACUAAAGACUAAUUUCUGACGUGAUCUUGUAAAUAUUUUCCUAAUUCUGUCUUAUAGACUCGUGCCUUUUUGGUUUUUUUUGGCUUGCAGCAGGGUGUUGCUUGCAUUUAAAAAAUUGAUGGUUGUUUUUGUAAGCAAUGAUAUUUUCUCAAACCAAAAUGUCCCUUGCUCUGUGUCAGUUUUUGUGUGCCUGGAUUUUCAGGGUAGAUUGUAACUGAUUCGUGUCAUUGUUCUGUCCUCCUCUGUAUCCCCCUUUUCUUCUCUCUUCCUCUCUUUUUCCCUCCCUCUCUCCUUCUCCUUCCCUUUCUCCCCUUUCCCCCUUUCCCUCUACCAUUUCCCCCAUCUCUCUAUUUUAAAAUUUCAUUGCAUUCUUGUUUAUGAUUUUAAAAAACCAAACUUACCCAUCCAUGGUUGAGGCUUGGGGGACCAUAAUUUCUCAAAUGGGCAACAAGUAGCCUAUCCCUGAAGGACAACAUUUCUUCUCUAGGAGGAGUGUUCACCUGGGACUUUGGACCUGCCCAGAUCUAGGUCAGCCCCUCCGGGCAGUAGAGAACAUCACUAGUGCUUGGAAUGUAGUAUGGGCCUACAUAGGUUAUUCUGUAGGAAUGUGCUGAGCUGUUACAGGAGUCUGGCAGAUGAACAAAGUGGGAAAUGAGCCUCUAUUUAUUGAACCCCCCCCCCAACUAUUUGUCAUUUCUUAUCUUCUCUCCAGCCAUCUGUGUUCUUACUAUUCUAAAUACCUUUCUAGAGCAUGCUUCCCAGUGCUUGGCAUAGUAUUUUUCCCUCUCCUCCUCUUCUUUUCUCUUGUUUCCUACAUAAUCUGCCCCAGGCCGCCUAAAUGGAGAAAGAAAGAAGAAAUACUAAUUUCUCCAUAGACCAGAGCAGUCAGCUUUGCUAUGAUCCACUUUUUUUAUUCCUUUCUGGCCUCCUCCAUUAUUUAUUUAUGACUGGGAGAGUGGUUUAAUGGAUCAGGAGCUGUCUUCCAAGCCUGGAAACCUUGGGUUUUGGGCCUGCCUCUG